UUGAGGCAGCAUGGCGUCGGUUUGUUAUUGUUCUGAGGUGCGUAGCGGUCGGCCCUACUCUUGGGUAAAUACUAGUGAUUUGUGGCAGUUCCCGGUGAGUUGAGGGAAAGAUGCCGCCCACAGUGAACCAGGCGCACUCCGUGGAUAGAGAUAAGAGACCACGCACUGGGGAAAGAAGCCAUCCCCAGCAGGAACCGAUACACAUACGAAGAUCAGACCUGGUGAGUCGGGUCAAGUACUGCAACACUCUGCCAGACAUUCCCUUCGACCCAAAGUUCAUCAAUUACCCCUUUGACUCAAACAGGUACGUGCGCUACAAACAGACUUCGCUGGAGAAGAACUACAAAUAUGAAGUGCUGACAGAACAUGACCUUGGGGUGACCAUUGACCUCAUCAACCCCGACGCAUACACCCCUGUUCCUGGCGCACAGCUGCACCCCACAGACGAGAAGCUACUGGAGGACGACAUUCUCACCCCACAGGAUGCCAAGAGGUCCCGCCACCACCAUGUCAAUGUGUCUUGGCUGCGGCGCACUGAGUACAUCUCCACAGAGCCCACUCGCUUCCAGCCACAGACCAAUGAGAAGAUUGAGGCCACUGUUGGGUUUGCCACACGCAGGAAGAAGGUCACUGACGAGAACGUGUACACGGACAGAGAAAGUCAGCUGGCGGCCAUCGAGAAGACCUUCAGGGACGUCAAGAAGAAGCUGGUGCACCACUACAGCAAGCCUGGCGUCACGGCUGUCGAGGAGUUCCCUGUCUUUCCAGACUUCUCCCUCUGGAAGUACCCAUGUGCCCAGGUCAUCUUCGACUCAGACCCGGCCCCUGUUGGUCGCCCUAUGCCGGCCCAGCUUGAGGAGAUGUCUCAGGCUAUGAUUAGGGGUGUCAUGGACGAGAGCGGCGAGCAGUUUGUGGCUUACUUCCUGCCGACAGAAGACACACUGGUGAAGAGGAAGAAGGACCAGGAGGAGGGCGUGGAGUACCAGGAGGAAGAGCAGUAUGACUACCUAAUGGCGCGCGAGUACAACUGGAAUGUCAAGAAUAAGGCGUCCAAGGGAUACGAGGAAAACUACUUCAUGGUGAUGCGUAACGAUGGGGUGUACUACAACGAGCUGGAGACAAGGGUGCGUCUGAGCAAGAGGCGACUGAAGCAGGGACAGCAGCCCAACAAUUCCCGCCUGGUGGUGCGUCAUCGGCCUCUCAACGCACACGAACACAAGACUCAACGCUUCAGGGAGAGGAUGCUGGAACCCCCCGGCGAAGAGGAGGAAGAGGAGGAGGAGGAGGAAGAAGAGGAAGAGGAAGAGGAGGAGGAGGAGGAAGAAAUGGAGGUGGAUAACAAUGAGAAUGAUAAAGGUUCCCAGGGAGGAGGCACCCCUAUGGAUGACAAUGAGGGGAGUGAGAGGUCAAGGUCAAGAUCCAGGUCAAGAUCACAUAGCAAGGAGCCAGCACGCAGCAGAUCUGGGUCAAGGUCAGCCUCCAGGUCACGGUCGAGAUCGAGGUCAAGGUCAGCUUCAAGGUCGAGGUCAAGGAGCAAAUCUAAGUCCAGAUCUCGCUCAAGGUCGUCUUCAGGAGGGUCCCGCGGCUCCCGUGGCUCUCGCUCUGCCUCCCGCUCUCGCUCUCGUUCUCGUUCUCGCUCUCGUUCCAAGUCAGCAUCCCGCACUCCCUCAGGUCGUUCUGGCACAGCAUCUCCAGCCAGCUCGGACAGGUCAGCAAGGUCUGCAAGAUCAGGUCGGUCCAGCAGGAGGAGUGGCAGCGGCACUCCCCGCCGCCCCCCAGCCUCCCCACGGCACUCCGGCUCUGAGUCACGCUCCUCAGACUCCGGCUCCGGCUCUGACUCUGACUAGUUUUGCUUUUGUGUCUGGGAAGUGAAGUUAGUGUUUGUUAUUACAUUUUUUUUAUUUAUUUUUCUUUAUUUUGAUUUGAUGACGAGGUUUGGUUAGUCUCUAGUAUUUGUGAAACUGUCGUUUUGUUAUUAUUAUCAUUGUUUAUGAAAUUAAGACCUUGUGAUUAUCAAACUCUGUAAUCAUUGUAGCACUUCUGACCGGAUAACUGAUUGUGGAUGCGUGUGGAUGAGUGUGUGGUGCUUUGUCUGGGCCAACCCAUGUGGGAUUGCUGGCCCACUACAGUAUAUGAGACCAUAUUCUCAGACAUUUCUGUGCUGCCCCUACACUGCAUUCAAAAGGCUCUUGUUGAAGCUCCACUUGAUUUUUAGGGUGUUUUUAUGUUUUAGUGUCAGAACAACAAGAAUACUAUAUUAAUAACAAGAGAAAUGCUCUUUAGAACCUUGAUGAUAUACUCUGUGGCCUUUGAAAAUAAUUGUGGUGAGAGGGCAGAGUGUUUUUGAAUACAAGCCAUGAUGGAUAGAUGAAUGUUUGUACUUCCGACAGGAAAACUUAUUAUUAUCAUUAUUGUUAUUAUUAUUAUUAUUAUUAUUAUUAUUAUUAUUAUUAUUAUUAUUAUUAUUAUUAUCAUUAUCAUUAUUAUUAUUAUUAUUAUUAUUAUUAUUAUUAUUAUUAUUAUUAUUAUUAUUAUUACACUGGAACCUCAUUUCACGAAUGUUCCUGUUCACAAAUAAAUUGGUGAAUAGAUUUUUUUACAAUUUUUGCAUUGGUUCAUGAACAUUAUCUUGAUGUCCAAACACUAAAAUUUGAUGGCUGGGAGACUUGCCAGUGUAUGAUAAUCACCUGCAAGUUACAACAGGAUGAUGGAUGUGUGCAUUGAUUAUAGACCCUUGCCAAGGGGACUAGGCAGCAUCUGGGGUUGCAUUAACAAAGAUUCUCAACUAUAGAAGUUUGACUCAGACCAACUCUUAUGUCUAGAGUUGUGCUUAACUUCCCAAGUUGCGCUUAGUCUAAAUCUUAAAUUUGUGACAUAUUUGGCGGGAGAUGCAUUUGAUGACCUUGGACCACCAUGUGUCCUGUUGUUGGAGUGUCUCAUUUACCUCCUUAGUAAGUGUCCCAUGCAGCUUUUUUUAAUGCUGCUGAAUGAGUGAAGCCUUUCAGGCUACAUCUUUCCUCAUAUACUGACUGGACAAGGUAAGAAAGUCUCACCAUUGGUCCAGCUGGGUUUCCUGUACUGGCCUUUUCAGCCUUAGAUGUCAUCAUCUCCUCCAUCCUAAAGAAAAAGAACAUGAAAGGAGGCACUGCUGAGUGGAAGUGGCAGAGCAAUGCUGAGUCAAGGACAUAAACACUGAGACAAAUAAAAGCGCCUUGUGUGGGGAUCUAAUUUGCUUGUUAAUAAACACAAAUUUGUGCACUCAUAUCCUAACAAAACCUAUGGCAAAUUUUUUGUUUUGUUUUCUAAUCCAAAAAACGUAAAAAGAUUGCGCUAUUAACUCGAAAUUGAGAAAUAUAAGAUUUUUCUUUUGCUCUUUCACUAUUUCAUACUGGGGCUUAAGUGUUCAUCUCGGAACAACUUUAAGACUGCUUAAGAGAUGAGCACAAGUCUAAGCAGAAGGCUGAGCAAACUGAGAAUCUUUGUUAAUACAGCACCUGAUCUUGCAGCUUCCUGCAGUUACUGUAGUUUCAUUCUACAUUCUUUGUCACAGAAAAACAUUUUAAAAAGGGAAAAAACUAAUGCUUCCGAGGCUGAAACAGAUUAAUUUUAUUCACAUUAAUUUCAGUGAGAAAAAAUUUUUUGGUAUGUGAACAUUUUGGUUCAUGAACUGAGUCAUAGAAUGGAUUAAGCUUGUGAACUGAGGUUCCAGUAUUAUUAUUAUUAUUACUACUACUACUACUACUACUACUACUACUACUACUACUAUUAUUAUUAUUAUUUAUAUAUAUUUAUUUAUUUAUUUAUUUAUUUUUCUGAUGAAUGUCUGUGCUUGUAAGAGAAAUCUGUACUGAAAGGAAAUAAUGGCAUUAGUUUUUUUGACAAAUUGGUGUAAUAAAAACAAAAUAAAACAUUUUCCACA